UUGUAAGAAAAAUGGUUACCCGGAUCGUCAGCGCACAACACUGGUAGCUUGCCUGCAUCGAUGCUGUUCAAAUUUAACCCGUUGUAUCCUUUCUAUUUCUUUUUCUUCUUCCACCUAAUAAUUUAUUCUCUAGUAAUACUGUUAGCAGUAUAUUACAGUUGUCCUUGUCAUAUCUUUGUUCUUGGUGCCUACACUGUUCUUUAUCAAUCGCCAGAGCCAGUAUAUAGAUAGAUAAAUUGCAAAACCUUUUUGUGUGCACUUUGCAGUUGAUGUCGAGCAUAUUUGGCCUUCUUGUUUUCGGGAAGUUUCUGGAGCCCAUUUGGACAUCAAGAGAAUUCCUGAAAUUCAUUAUCUUUGUAAACACAACCACUUUAAUUGGGGUCUAUGUCACUGCUGUUGCUUUUUACCAUAUAACAAGGAGAGAGACAUUUCUAUAUGUUCCGCUUUCUGGAUUUCACGGAGUACUACCAGGCUUUCUAGUAGCAGUGAAGCAAAUUGCGCCUGAGCAAGAUAUUGAGGUGCUUGGUUGGUUCGAUAUAAGAGCUGAGUGGCUACCAUCUCUCUUCAUCCUUAUGUCCGUUACUAUAAGCAUUGUCACAUCGGAUGCAAUGCGGUAUUCGCCAUUUGUGCUUUGCGGCACUUAUUGGGGUUGGCUUUACUUGCGGUACAUUCAAAGAAUUCCUGAAUCUAAUAUUACUGGCACCCCUGGUGAUGAGUUUGCAUUAUCGACAUUCUUUCCUGGAUUCAUCAGGCCAGUUAUUGAUGUUUUCACUUCAAGUCUAGACAAAUUGCUGUGCCAAAAUUGUAAUCCUUGGGGAGAACAUGGUGAUCAUUCGGACAGGUUCUUGAUGCACAGCUUUGAUACUUCUGAAGCAUCUAGAUGGAGAGAACGGGGAUCACGUGUUCUGGAGGAAGGGUUGCAUGAUUCGAGGAACAAUCUUGCUUCUGAAGAUCAAGAAUCGUCUGAACGUGGGUACUUUGGCCUUUGAUUGCAACGCAUUUUAUCAUCUGUUGAGUUCUCACCUAAUUUUGGAAAACUUGCACCACGAAGAAUCUCCUGUUCUUAUGGAAAAGAAACGAACAUAUACGUUGAUUGCUUGAUAUGGUACCUAAGUCAACAAACUAUAAUAUGCAAUGACAAGUUAGAGGAUAUAACACCGUGUCUUCAUUACAAAAUAAUUGCUUAAUUAACAAAAUUUUAUACCAGAAAAAGUAGAAAAGGAAAAACACGUCUGAUGAAAAUGCUAUUUUGUGGAAGCCCAUCGCUCAGCACGUGCAGUCCUUCAUUCUAUUUUUGGAUUGCAUCAGGACUAGUAUGUUUUCAUGACAAAAGAAUUUUUCAAGCUAUGUUUUGUGGCAUUCGUUAAUCCACUAAACAACAAAUUAAUAGUCAAACUACAACCCAUCCGACUUGAAAAUUGCUCCCGCGCUGCACCUUCGACCACCGAGUGGCUGACCAAACACAAGGCACGGUGACUGUGCGCUCGUGUGCGCACAUACAAAUGGAAACAAGAUGGCCUUGCGGCAGAGACUUGCUGCAGCCGAGUGCGUGUCAAGUGGAUAAGCGAGGGACAAAUCUCGCGGUACAAAAAACAGCUACUCUAAAGCAACUAGCAUCACUCUUGUUUGGUAGUAUUUUUAUUUUCUAUUUUUUAUUAAAAAUUUAAAAAAAAAAUGAAUUUGACUAAGACGUGUAUGAUAAAAUUUUUGUUCUCUUAAAACUAUUUAUAAAAUUCUUAAAGCUUUUGACUGUAAAAAUUUAUUAGUUUUGGAACAAUGUGAAAAUAAAAAUAAAUAAUAUAUGCUAUCAUCGACAUCAAUCUUUCUACGGUGUUUUUCACUAAUUUUAGAAAAACAAAAUCACAAACACAAUAGCUUAACAAUCCCUAAGCUAUUACUUUUGCAAUAUUAUAAAGGCAUUUCUCAAAAAAUACUCUCUUAACUAUUAAGCUAUUUUUGCAUUUUACACAAAUUAUUCAAAACCUUGUCAAGAAUUGUCUACGUUAAGAUAUAAGUACACUCUGUUCAUUAUCAUUGUCAUUUAUCCCACACGUGCUUUAGUUAUAUAUAAUUUUUUAUCGACAUAAUUCUAACUCCGUUUCAUUCAAGCAGCAAUUUUUAUAUUUUGGUGAUAUUUA